AUGUUCAUCAAGGCCGCCAUCCUCCUCGCCGCCCUGACCGCCACGGCCAACGCCGCCGUCGUGGAUUUCUUCAACGACAACAACUGCCAGGACUUCUCCUACUCGCGCAACAUCUACGACAACACCUGCGGCCCGACCGGCGGCUUCCAGUCCUUCCGCGUCACCGCCGACGGCGGCAAUUUCCAGCGCCUCACGGCCUACAGCCGGAACGCCUGCGCCGGCGCCUCCACCGCGUGCAUCGACGCAUACGGCAAUUACGGCUGCGUCUCGGCGACGAAUGUCAACGGCGGGAGCAAUGCCAUGAGCUCCGGGACGGGUUGUGGAUUGGUUUAG